CCGGGUGCAGUUGUUUCAGUCAGGGGGGCAGUUAUUCCAUUCAGGGGCAGUUGUUCCAGACAGGGGGCAUCCCUUUCCAUUUUGCCCAGUCCGCUCUCCCCUGCCAUGGCUCUGUGCCGGCCGGUGCUGCUGCUGUUGGUCGCUCUGGGCUCCGCCGCCUCGGCCGAGGUCCUGUUCCGCUGCCCUCCGUGCUCCCCGGAGCGCCUGGCCGCCUGCCCGUCCGCUCGCCCCCCGUGCGCUGAGCUGGUGCGGGCUCCGGGCUGCGGCUGCUGCUCCGUGUGCGCCCGGCUGGAGGGAGAGGCGUGCGGGGUGUACACCGCCCGCUGUGCCGCGGGGCUGCGCUGCUACCCCAACCCGGGCUCCGAGCUCCCCCUGCAGGCGCUGGUGCAGGGGCAGGGGACGUGUGCCAAGGGCAGAACCGCCGACUACAGCCAGGAGCGGGGCACAGAGUUGACAGAAGACCGAUCAGACAACAUGCUGAUAGACAAUAAUUUGGAUGCCGGGCCUGUGGUUCCCGGAGAGUUCAUUCCAAAGAAGCUGACGAGGACAGGAAUGAAAGAACAGGCGAUGCAGCGAGAAAAAGCCAACGAGCAGCAGAGAUCCAAAACCAGCAAGAACCACGGAGCCGAGGACAAAAAGCAUUCCCGGCAGCGAAGCCUCUGUCAGCAGCAGCUGGACCAGGUCCUCGAACGCAUCUCCAUAAUGCACCUACCCGACGAGAGGGGACCCCUGGAGCAUCUGUACGCGCUCCACAUCCCGAACUGCGACAAGAACGGCUUCUUCAACCUCAAACAGUGCAAGAUGUCCGUGAACGGUCAACGCGGUGAAUGCUGGUGCGUGAACCCCACCACGGGAAAAUCGCUCCCCGCCGCCCCCGUCGUACGCGGGGACCCCGAGUGCCAUUUGUAUUACCCCACUCCUGAAGAAGACCGUAGGCCACAUGGUCUACGGGCUCCGUAGUAAAAAAAAAAACAA